AUCCUUUUAGAUAUCACGUUUGCUUGAUUCUUAAAAAAAAAAAAAAUUUAAUUUAAAUUUAUUAAAAUAAUUUCCUUUAUUCAUUCCUUUCUUUUCUCUGGUAAUUAUUGUAAUCUUUUCUUUCCUUUUUUCGCGUAGCCCUUGGGUUUUUGCUCUCCCUUCAGUUCGCGUGCACAUUGUCUACUUGUACCUCUGUGUAGCUAAUUGCAGCAGCCAAGUAAAGGACAGAAGGUAUAAGAAUAUGUUUUCUGGGAACUCUGGACGCAUUGCAUCCGAACUCGCUUCCUCAAAGGUUGAUGCUGCUGCCUUUUCUCUUUCGUUUUGGAUCUCGAUAGAUUGACGAUGGUAGGAGCCUCGUUCAACAAAUUUAUGCUUUGUAACCAGAAAAAGGUGAAAAAAAAAUUGAAGCAUAAUGACCAAAAAAGGGUAGGUGAACUAUUGCAGCUUACAUCUUUUCCAGAACCACUGCCCCGAUUGGAUUGUGUGGUAAAAUCCCCAAUGGUGAUGCCUGCGGUUCUAAGAGUGAUUUGUUUAUAUAACGAGCCAAAUCUGUCUCACCCAUGGAUGGUCAAACAGCGCCGGCGAGUAAGUAGUGGUGUCGUUAUUGAAGGGCGAAAGGUUUUGACAAGUGCUGAUGCUGUUAAGAACCAAAUCAGUGUCAUACUCGAGAAACAUAGCAUUGGUGGAAGGUAUUCUGCAACAGUUCUGGCAAUUGGAACUGAGUGCAAUGCUGCAUUGCUGACUGUCAGUGAUGAUGAAUUCUGGGAAGGAGUUAAACCUGUAAACUUUGGAGAUUUGCCUUCUCUUGGGGACAGAGUAAUUGUUGCAGACUGCGCGAGAGGCCUUAGUGUGGCACGUGGAUCUGUAUCACACAUUGUUGAGCUACCUUAUCCUAAAGGCUUACUCAUGGGACUGCAUGUGCAGGUAAGAAUACCUAUAAGCAGAGGAAGUAGUGCUAGCCCUGUUUUCGAUGACAAGGACAGGUGCAUUGGUAUCGCAUUUCAGUCCAAGAAUGGUGUUACUGUCAUUCCAACGCCAAUUCUUCGACACUUCUUCUGUGAUUAUGAGCGUAAUGGAGCAUAUACAGGUUUCCCCGUGAUUUCGCUUGAAUGGAUGAAGUCAAGUGAAGAUCUACGCAUUAUGAUGGGGAUGAGACACGGCCAGCAGGGGGUACUUAUUACGAGGAUUGAGCCCACAGCUCCUCCAGAAUAUCAGGUUUUGAAGCUGCAUGAUGUUAUCCUAAGCUUUGCGGGCAUUGACGUUGCUAAUGACGGAACAGUACCAUUUGGGGACGCAGGAGGGCGCAUCGAUCUCAGAUGCCUUAUUUCUUCUGAAUAUUAUGUUGGCGAAUGUGCAUUGCUUAAAAUUCUUCACAACUUUCAAGUAGAAGAGGUCACCAUUAAACUCACGACUUGUAACCCACCCCUUCCUGCUGAUGCGGGCAGACCUUCAUAUUAUAUCAUUGGGGGACUUGUGUUCACGUCAGCGGGUGAACCAUUUCAUAAUGGCUCAGAGUGUGGAGAGGACCCUGAAUAUGUGGAUUGGCUCAAGCGAAUUCCUUCUAAUCAGUUUGUCGUGUUAUCUAAUGUGCUUUCUGCCGAGGUAAAUUUUUUAUAUGAAGACAUUGGAGACAUAAAAUGCGACAAGGUGUUGGCUUUCAAUGGGAAGCCUGUGGAGAAUCUGAAGCACUUGGCCAACAUGGUCGAAAGCUGUGAUGAGAAAUUUUUUAAGUUUAUGCUCGAAGGAAACAAGAAGGUGGUUUUAGAAGCCAGGGCUGCCAGAAAUUCGACUCCAGACAUUCUUAGAAAAUACAAUGUUUCUUCGGCUAUGUCUUCUGAUCUGUCUGCUAAUUAGAUAGGCUCAGAAAUCCAAGACUGAAUGUCUUAAAUUUACAUGUUGGCUGUGGGGGUGCAUGUGUGCCCGGUGGUGAAUUAUUAGGUGCUCUAAAACCCGGGCACCAGCAUCAUGGACUAAAAAAAAUAGAGACUGAUUUAUAGUACUAUUUAAUGUGUUGAAGUUGACUUCUUGUUCAAAAGAGUUUAGGAUGAUUUAUGUAAAUUCAUCUUUUUUCAAUCACAUCCAGUUUUUUAUUAUUUUGUGGUUAAUAA